AUGCAGGCCAGCCGGCGAGCGGGCAGGCCGUCUAGCGCCUGGGGCGCGGCGGCCGUGCGCGGUGGGGCACGCCGCCGCCCACGCGAAGACGCUCUGCGCCUCAGCGCUCCCGAAACUCCUCGCUCGGCGCGGGGCCUCUGCGGAGAGGGCCGGAAGCGCUGGGAGCCACAUCUUCAAAUAGGAAUUCACCGUCGGGCGGACAUUCGACGGGGGGGAAUUCAUCUGGCAUGGCCGGUGCAGUUGCGAGCGCGCGCGCGCUCGGGGGUCAAUCCGGGCGGGGCAGAGCGCACCUCCGCACGCGCCCAUCUGCAUGCGCCCGGCACCCAGCACCUGCACGACCCGCGCCAGUCUCCUGCCCCCUCCUCCGCACGACACCGCACCCCCCCCAUCCGUCAUCACGCACGCGCUGGGACCAAAGCCUCCGUCCGCGGCUCGGGAGAGGCGGUGAUCUUCCCCGCUGAAUGGCGAGAUCGGACACCGACCUACCGUCGGCUACCAGGGUUUUCCCCAACCAGGUAUCUCCGAUUAGCGGAGCACCCUCCCCCCGUCUGGACAAGCUCUAAGAUCCUUACCGAACUGGCGGCUUGUGUGGUAGAAUGGGAAGGAAAGAUUGCGCGCAGAGAAUUCGAGGCGCUCGUCGUCAGUUGCGGUUACCAUGGGCGCACAGAGCGAGCCAAGGCCAACGCAGCGCCUGACUGGGGCGGGAGGGACGGGGGAUGGGAUACCACAAACCACUCUUCGUGGUGGUCCCCACUGCGCCUCCAGACACGGCGCGGGACUCGUCACUGA